ACUUGUUUAUCCAGUUUCAGAAAUGUACUUGCUGCAGAUAUAAAGUUCAUACACCUUUUUUUCAUUUGAAUAUUUUGUAGCAUGGUCGAACAGAAGGCUCUACCGGUACCUCCUGAUGGUGGAUGGGGAUGGGUGAUAGUCAUAGCUUCUCAUAUAAUUAACAUAAUCGUUGAUGGAGUAUGUUUUACUUUUGGUUUGUUCUUGAGAGAAUUUCAAGAACAUUUCAAUGCAAGUUUCGCAAAAACAGCCCUUAUUGGAAGUUUAAUUCCAGGACUGUAUCUCGGAAUUGGUCCUAUUUCCAGUGCUCUAGCCAAUAAAUUUGGUGUAAGACUAAUAUCAAUUAUCGGGGCCUUAAUAGCAUCAAUGGGAUUUUUUGUAUGCGUGUAUUCAAAUAAUAUCAACACUAUGAUCUUUACGUAUGGAGUCCUUGGAGGUGUUGGCUUCGGCUUAAUGUACCUACCAUCGAUCGUUAUCGUUAAUUUUUAUUUUGAUAAGAAGCGAGCUACUGCGAGUGGAAUAGCUGUAUGUGGAUCAGGAGUAGGGACAUUUAUCUUCACUUUUCUCACAGAACCGCUUGUCAAUAAAUACAGUUGGAAAGGUGCAAUGUGGAUCAUUUCUGGUAUUGUUCUCAAUGCUUGUGUAUGCGCGUCUUUUUUUCGGCCACUCGAGGCUCCAAAACCACCAAAGUCAAGGAGAAAUUCAAAGAGCUCUGUGAUCCAAGAAUCGUUUAUAAUGAGAAAAAUAACUGAACAAAAAGCCAGAGAUAGAACCAUUUCGACAGGAUCGACUGAUGGCAUGCUUAUCACAAAGGAUAAUCGGAUUAUAAAAGACAAUGAAUUCCUAUCACAAAGAAAUGGUUUUGAACAUAGAGCCGUUACAACUAUUAAAGAGGAAGAAGAAAAUGGAUUAUCAAGAGCAUCCUCUCAAUAUACUGUCUAUUCAAACGCUGCGAAAGAUAAAGUUGAUCCAGCUGACGCUUCUCGUCCAAUGUACAGGCAAGAUAUCUUCUUCACUGGAAGCGUUAAAUCCAUUCCCGAAUAUAAAUCACAACCAAAUAUGCAGUCAUACGUCGCUUCUGUUACGUCCAUACCGCAGCGUGAUGUCGGAAAGAGAUCAUUAUGCACUCCUGCUAUAGAUACUUUUAAAACAAUGUUUGACCUCUCUUUAUUUAAAUCUAUGACAUUCAAUUUAGUAUGUGCUAGUGCGCUAUUGUACAUGAUGGGAUUCUUUGUACCAUUCACUUAUUCUCCCGCUUUUGCCAUGGAGGAAUGUGGUGUAAGUGAAUCCCAAUCUAAAAUACCACUACUCGUUAUGGGAGCUUGUAACACAGUAGGACGAAUUAUAGCUGGGUGGCUAUCGGAUAGACCUUGGAUUAGUAGCAUGAUACUCCACAAUGCUGCCCUUUUAAUAGCUGGAAUAACGACUAUGUUCUUACCCUUCAUAAAGUCGUUCAUUUUUCUUAACAUCUAUUCAGCCUUGUACGGUUUAUGCGUGGCGACCUUCAUCGCUUUACGAUCAAUCGUACUAGUUGACCUACUAGGAGUUCAAAGAUUAACCAAUGCUUUUGGAAUACUAUUACUCUUUCAAGGAAUAGCUACCGUUAUUGGUACUCCCAUUGGAGGAGCUAUAAAAGAUAAAACUGGUUCAUUUUGGGUUGUCUAUAUGUACGCUGGCGCAACCUUGCUUGGAGCUAGCUUAAUUGGGAUAGUAGCCAAUAAAAUAUCUUCCUGGGAGAGAAAGAAAGAUGAAGAUAAUAGCGAUUCGUUAAGCCGUGAAGUACCAAGUCUUCCUAGUGAAACUGCAUAA